AAGCGGGGAAAUUACAAACUAAACUUUUCUACCUUUGUUUAAAUCUGGGAGAGAGAAAGAAAGAAAUCUGAGCCAGAGCCGCCUCUUUUCUCCUUCCAGUCACCGAUUUAUCAAAUAGUGCAAACUCCGAAUUUCAAAAUUCACAAGAAAGAAAUCAAAUCUCCCAUCCAGGAAUUCCAUCUUACAAAUCCUCCCUGCAAAUCUCACUUCAAUCCAUCGUCGCAAUAAAUCAAUAAAUCAAAUCGCAAUUAAAUCAAAAUCAAAAUCCCGACUAACUGGUCAAAUUCUAUUCCCAAACCGUUCACACCGCAAACCUGGCAAUUUUCGAGAACAAUGGCUCCAAGUAUGAAAAACAGUCAUAGUAGUAGUAAUUGUGGCGGCGAGGUAGUCGGCUCUCAAGCCAACGUCCUCGCCAGCUGCUACAUUGUCGAUUCUUCCGCUCGUCUUUCUGGAUUCCAUUACUCCACUACCGGCGCUGGCGGUGGUAUCCCUGAGGUCCGCUCAGGGUCAAUAUCCCCUCCGUCAAGUCCCCCUCUUGCGGCCUUGACAUCUGCCAACGAAUUCGCAUUAAUCAAUCAUUCAAUGAAGAAUCGAGGUAGAACUACAAGCCGCAAAGAGGGGGCAGCGUACGCCAUCCGGGAAGAGUGUGAGAGACUCUUUUGCGAGAACAUGAAAACCAUUUUUCUUGGUGAAGAAGAAAGUGCGAGUAGUGACUCAAACGUGAUGGGUGCGGACACGUAUUCAAGUCUUGACGAUGAUGUGGAUACGCAUGAUAAUUACUUUGGUGUCGUCAAAUCAGGCCAUGCAAUCGAUGCUUGGGUCGAGAUUUGGGAUUACACGGGAGGGUGCAGUUUUCGUGGAUUUGUUGGCGGAAAUGGUGAUGAGAAAACACUCUUUGCAUUCUUUGACAAUUCAGUCAUUGGAAGGGAUUUAAAACAGGGACUGAUGGCACUCAUUGAACUCGCGGAUGAAGUAUUCGCAGUCUCCAAAGUCGUUAUUAAUGUUGAUCGAUCAAUUCCGGAAGGAGAUAGAUCAACUUUCCUGAAAAGUCUUCGUUGGGUUGGAUUCGAAUUGACAACCCUUGACAUGUGGUCGCAUCAACUGGAUACCACGAGUGAAAGAUGGUUAUUGAUGGGAUUGGAAGUUUAAGAUGGAUUUGAUGGAUGAGGGGAAAUAGAUAAGCAAGGUGCUAGGUGGAUAGGAAGGAAUCUUCUUCUAUAGGCGUACGGUUAUACGAGCAAUUUUCUGCAAACACAAGUUGUUCAUUGCCGGGGUUCGUGGCGUGGUCGUUGAUUUUUUUUUUUCUUGAGUCUAUGUUUUCAUGGGACGUUUGAUUCAGUGGACGGAGGGAAGGAAGGUAAAGCAAAGGAAGGAAAAGGAAGGGAGGAAAUAAACACUUUCAUAAGUAGUAAUUCUCGUUCUGGGGUUUUCAUCUUCAUAUGAAUAUGGAUAGGGUAAAUACUUUUUUUUUAAUAAGAUUUACCCUCUCUUCCUUUCGAUUCUACAUAGGUUGUUACAUAUGAAUUAUUCUUCUUAUUCUUCUUGUUGUUUGUUAGGCAUGUGUGAUUUUC